AUGCUACGAGAGCAAACCGUCGCCGACGCAGGCCAGCACAUCAAGGAUGGUUUCAAGCCGACACAUACUAUCGCUGAAGAGCCAUGCAUUCAUGUUGGUCAGUCUGCCAGUUUGCGCGACGGCCGAAUCUCUGCGCCCUUGUUUCCAGCAGAGAACGAGGCUUUCACAACCAGCACGGCCACAGGAUUGGAAAGUCUUGACGGGGAAAUGGCUCGUGACGAAUUUCAGAGUCUUGGAAUGAGCCAAGCUAAGCAAGAAACAAAGCCCUUUAGCGAAACACAUCUUGAGGUAUCGCUUCCGGUGUCUUACACGAUUCAAAUCCCGAAGGCGGAUUACUCUGAGCCAACAACAACCACACGCACGGUAUAUCAGCUCUUGCUUGCUCUUAACUACCUCUUUGUUGCCGUAAUGCUGCCCGGAGAUGAAGGAUCAUUGCAUCAAAUUAUUUGCCGCGACGAAGUUGACUGGGAUCGAUCCUUCGUCCCCCAGUAUGGUAGGCUGGGGUCGUGGUUAACUGCAGCGCGCCAGGCUCUCACCGAGUCAAGUCACCUCUCAGCCGUAUCGGCAGAGGACAUGAAGCUGCAAAUCAAAUAUCUAUUGUCUGCACUCAGUCAGCAUGCAUCUCCUCCAUUGAAUUGCUUACAAGCGCGGCCACCAUACCGGCCCUUCGGGACGAAGGCGAGUGUAGCAUUGAUCUGUUACGCCUUCAUGGGAAUCAAAGCGUGCGACAUGAAUGGAUAUGAUCGGAAAGAGAUAUGGGCCCUUGACGAUGUAGCUCUCCGAACGAUGGUGCUGCGACUCAACGAUUCUCCACUAUUUCCGGCCCAGGUCACUCUAUCUGAGGUCCGCUCCCUUAUUGUGGGUCUUCAGAGAGCCUUUCAACUUGAAGAGAUUCGUGUCGCCUCAACAAAACCGCAGGUCCUGCGUCUGGAUCAAGACUCUCAAGUUGAAAAUUAUUAUCGGUCGGCCUUUUCAUCUUUGGAGCCUGAACUACUACCCAAGCUUUUCUUCAUCAUAUUUAAAAGAGUUGCACCCGCAAAUGUGACUAUAAAGGAUCCACUUACAGCUCUUGCAAAGUUCUUCUCAGAGUCCGAUGCAGUGAAGGAUCUUGAGGUUGCCGUUGCCCAAAUGCCUGAAGUAGAGGCGUCAAGAUCAGACCGGCUUAUAGUCACAGAGAUAUUUCAUGUGAAGGCAUGGCACCAUGCCUACUUGAGAAGCCCCUGCGGUGAGUUUUUCUAUACCGGAGACUCAUAG